CACCGCGCACGCGCGAGCGGCCGGAAGCGGGUCGGGCGGCCAUGGCCAUGGCGGAGAAGUUCGACUCCCUGGAGGAGCACCUGGAGAAGUUCGUGGAGAACAUCCGGCAGCUCGGCAUUAUCGUCAGCGACUUCCAGCCCAGCAGCCAGGCUGGCCUCAACCAGAAACUGAAUUUCAUGGUGACGGGCUUGCAGGAUAUCGACAAGUGCCGGCAGCAGCUCCACGACAUCAGCGUGCCCUUGGAAGUGUUUGAAUACAUAGACCAAGGCCGCAAUCCUCAGCUUUACACUAAAGAGUGCCUGGAGCGAGCUUUGGCUAAAAAUGAGCAAGUAAAAGGAAAAAUUGACACAAUGAAGAAAUUUAAAAGUCUGUUAAUUCAAGAACUGACAAAGGUGUUCCCAGAAGACAUGGCAAAGUACAAAGCUAUUCGAGGAGAAGAUCCUCCUCCUUAAGUUGGCCUUCAAUAGCUCUAAAAGUGCCAAUUCAAUAAACAGACUUCACUCUAUAAAAACGUUGAUUGCAGAGAGGGGGAACCCAAGCCUUUAUAGCAACUGACGUAAAAAUGGCUGUGAUGGACUGUGAAGGAGCCUGAUGAUUGCUGAUGGUUCUGGACUGAAGAUAAUUAAUCUUCCUGAAGACUUACUCAAAGAUUGCAGCUGAAACUUCCCAUGGUGAUCUGUUUUUCUUUUGUGAAAGGUUUUGGAGCUAUAAUUGCCUGCAGGUCAUCAAUACACGGCAUCUCCCACAAAGUGCAUUUCCAGAGCAGAAAAUCACGUUUCUUGUCUUCUGAAGAGCGUGCUCCAGGCCUCUGGGCUCACUUUAAGAAAAAUGUAUUUAUUAUACUUGAUUAUUCAUUUGCAAACUGCUUUCUUUUAUUACAGUAAAAACAGUUGGCUGCUGUCAUCUUGCCAAAUUCUACUGAGCAGGAGCCUGCCAAGGGCUGCAGUUCUCACGUGUCAUAAUGAAUUGCAGCCAAGAAAACCUUCAGAUAUUUUUGUUUUGCUCUAUGCGCUGCAGUGCAGAUGGCUGAGGACGUAGACAGCGAGUGUACUGGGGGACUAGCUCCUCAGCAAUGUUAGUAUUUUGUAUAGUAUUUAAUGUCAGCUUUUGUUUAGUUCUAUUAAUUUUCUGUAAGCAGGUCGUUGAAUAAAAAUUCGAAAAAAUUUAAACUAA